CUCAAGAUUUUAUGACAGUUCUUACAACAAUUGCAAUGGCCUCUAAAAUUAAAAGUGGGCAGUCUAUCCUCAUUGAUGGUCAGAAGCAACCUAAUGAGGUACACUAUUAUUUACCGUUAGCAAGAACCCGUGCAGAAUAUGUGCCAUUAGAAGAAGAGAAUGACUAUGCUUUCAUUGAGAUAGAGAGUGUCAACUUCCCAGCCAAUGUACAAGCUUGCAUUAGCUACGCCAUUAUGGAUAAUAAUGAUGAUGCUGUUCUUAUUGCUACAGACUACAGCAACAUCUCACGAUUUCUAUUCCAAUCCACGAGUGGCCCUCCUAUUAAAAUAGAGAUGAUAUACAAAGGAAGCAAGACAAGAUUAAGAAUAAUGAACAGCUCCAUGACAUACUCACAUCUCCAGCAGCAGUUGAAGUGUGCAAAAAAGUUAUUGCUGGUUCUUGCAGAUGUCUUGACAGAAAAAUUAAUACGAUACGUGACCUCAAAUACAGUUUUGCUGUUCCCUGUGCAUCUCCCAAAGGUGGAUGUCAUUUUCUCUAUCACAAUCGUGAGCCUCAGCUCUGUGAUGCUUGUUCAACUGAAAAUAAUUUCAGAUUAUGUUGGAGCAAAGCAGCAAAACAGUGUGACUUGUUAAGCAAAGGUGGUGAAGCAAGAACAAAUGAAAAUGAUCUACUGAACUUUCAAGACAUUUCUGGCAUUAUUACAGGCAAAUAUGAAUUUGAGGCCUUUAA